GCGCGGGGCGCCUCGUGUCGCAGGACGCAGGUUAACAACAAUCGCGAGACGCGGUUGGCACGGCCGUGAGUGUGGCUAAGAUUGCGUUCGCAUUCACGCUUUACUAUUUAUAACCGUCUUUGUGCAGCAAACCGUGCGUUUGAUCCACGACGAUGAGCGCCGAGGAAGAAGUGUUGCGUAUCCAGAAAAAGCUCAACAAAAUGUCGAGUGGUGACGGGAUGGGUCAAGAACAGGCUUUGGAAUUACUUAAGAUACUUCAAAAAUUACCCGUUGACUUGGAGCUUUUGACUAAGACACGUAUUGGAAUGACUGUGAAUGCCUUGAGAAAAUCAAGUAGGGAUGAGGAAGUUAUUUCUUUAUCGAAGACUCUUAUUAAGAACUGGAAAAAGUUUUUAUCUGGAUCAAAUAAAGAGAAAGACUCAACGUCGUCAAGUAGUUCAAAAAAGAAGGAUGAGAAGACAGAUAAAGCAAAGGAAGAGAGUGAUCAUAAGAAAGAAAAAGAUAUUAUGGAUGUCGAUGUAAAAGUGAAGGAAGAAAAACCUUUCAAAGAUAUUCAAAGGAAACAGUCGUCCUUCCCUGCUCCUACCACAACAGAUGCAGUCAGAUUAAAAUGUAGAGAACUACUAGCGGCAGCUUUACAUGUUGAUGGGAAAGUUAUCGAUGGUUGUGCCAGUCCAGAAGAGUUAGCAGAAGAAUUGGAAGAUGCAAUCUAUGCAGAAUUUAAAAAUACUGAUAACAGAUACAAAAAUAGGGUGCGCAGCAGAGUUGCCAAUUUGCGUGAUGUGAAGAAUCCUAAUCUCCGGACGAACUUUUUGGUAGGUGCGAUCACGCCUGCUAGGUUAGCGGUAAUGACGGCAGAAGAAAUGGCAAGCGACGAGAUUAAGCAACUACGUGAGCAAUUCAAGAAAGAGGCCAUCAAUGAUGCACAACUUGCCACUGUGCAAGGAACCAAAACCGACUUGCUCAAAUGUGGUAAAUGCAAGAAGUGCAACUGCACGUAUAACCAGGUGCAAACGCGUUCAGCCGACGAACCGAUGACUACUUUCGUGUUGUGCAAUGAGUGUGGAAAUCGAUGGAAGUUCUGCUAAGCUAUUGUUUCUUGAUCUAUACUAUGUCGUGACAAAAUGUAUAUUUUAAUCAGCUUGAAAUUUAAUA